AUGAAUUUGGACAGUUUUUAUGAGAAGCUGGAUGAAGUGAUCCGCAACGAGAACUCCUGCGAAUUUAUUGGCAGUGACUUCAAUGCAAAACUAGGAAAAGCCACAGAAGUUGAAUACAGGAUCGAAGAUUUGGACUUGGGGACCGAAAUGAAAACUGCAGUCGCCUCGCCAGGCGAUCUGCGUGAAGCCAAACCUGAAGAACAAGCUGGAUUCCGUCACAGGUUCAGCUGUCUGGACCACGUCUACACCGUGUCGAAGGUCAUAGAGGUUAGCCGAAAACAUCGCCUGUCCCUCGUCCUAACCUUCGUCGACUAUGAGGAAGCUUUCGACAGCGUAGAAACGAAUGCAAUAUUGUCAGCGCUGGUCGAACAACCUGUGGAUGCGUCAUAG